AUGAGUCCCGGCUCCGGUGUUGUUUCCGUCGACUGCUGGUUCGAGUUCAACAUGUAUGGCGGCAGGAACCGGCCAAAGAUCUUCAUGUCCAACUGGUCCAUCGGGCCAGGCACGUACUUGUACUUGGAGUUUGGCUCCUGGGGCGAGAUCGCCGGCGGAACAGCUCCCACGCUGCCCACGUCCGCUGCAGACCGGUCAAACGUCCGUUCCAAUGACGGCAGGUUCAGGUUGAUGCCCGUCGACACACCGUCGAUGAAGUUCACGCCGUUCACGAUGUUGUUGAUCUCGGAGUUCUGCAUCUUGGAGUAA